CUCCCAGUAACUUUAAGCCUGGGAAAUGACGAAGUCCUAAACAACUUCCACUUCUAUGUGCAUUGCAAUCUGCCACAUUUGGUGCAUGUGGGCUGGCAAUUCUGGGAAUAUGUAGCGGGACAAAGAAUGCUUUUCCAUAUUAAUCCAGAGGACCAUCAAGCAACUCUGCCCUACCGAAGCUGGUAAAAGCCCAGAGCACUCAAAACCAGCUAAUGGGAUGGAGCUUUUAUAUUCUGCCAUCAGGAGGUCUGUAUCCAAGCUCAUUUUAAAAAGGAACACAUAUACAGUCCAUUCACAGAAAAACAGGCAGCUAAGAAAAUUAGAUGAAGAUAGUUUGACAAAGCAGCCAGAAGAAGUAUUUGAUGUGCUAGAGAAACUUGGAGAAGGAUCCUAUGGCAGUGUUUUCAAAGCUAUCCACAAAGAAACUGGCCAAGUGGUUGCAAUCAAGCAAGUUCCCGUUGAGUCUGACCUGCAGGAAAUUAUUAAAGAAAUAUCCAUAAUGCAGCAAUGUGAUAGUCCCCAUGUAGUCAAAUACUAUGGCAGCUAUUUUAAGAACACGGACCUCUGGAUAGUCAUGGAAUAUUGCGGUGCCGGAUCUGUGUCAGAUAUCAUUCGACUGAGAAAUAAAACGUUGAUGGAAGAUGAAAUUGCUACAAUAAUACAGUCAACACUCAAAGGACUUGAAUACCUGCAUUUCAUGAGGAAAAUACAUCGUGACAUUAAAGCUGGCAACAUAUUGCUCAAUACAGAGGGGCAUGCUAAACUUGCAGACUUUGGGGUAGCAGGCCAACUUACAGAUACCAUGGCUAAAAGAAACACUGUGAUAGGAACUCCAUUUUGGAUGGCGCCAGAAGUGAUCCAAGAAAUUGGAUACAAUUGUCUGGCAGACAUUUGGUCUCUGGGCAUUACUGCAAUUGAAAUGGCUGAAGGAAAGCCCCCCUAUGCUGAUAUUCACCCAAUGAGGGCAAUUUUCAUGAUUCCUACAAAUCCACCUCCAACAUUCCGAAAACCAGAAGUAUGGUCAGAUGAAUUCACCGAUUUUGUAAAACAAUGUCUCGUGAAGUGUCCAGAACAAAGAGCCACUGCUACACAGCUGCUUCAGCACCCAUUUGUGAAAAAUGCCAAAGGAGUUUUUAUCCUAAGAGAUUUGAUUAAUGAAGCAAUGGAUAUUAAACUGAAAAUUCAGGAAGCUCAACAGCGUGAGCUGUAUCAAGAUGAUGAAGAAAAUUCAGAAGAAGAUGAAACUGAUUCAAGGACUAUGGUGCGGGCAAGAGGACAAGAGACAGGCACAAUCAGAGCUGCUUGUGGGAUGAGUGAAGGCAUCAAUACCAUGAUAGAAUACAAUGACACUUUGGAGUCGCAACUGGGAACAAUGGUCAUAAAUGCAGAAGAUGAGGAAGACGAGGGGACAAUGAAGAGGAGAGAUGAAACAAUGCAGCCCGUCAGACCAUCAUUCCUUGACUAUUUUGAACAAAAAGAAAAGGAGAAUCAAAGAAACAACUAUGGAAGAAACGUGCCUGAAAGAUGUUCUUCAGAUUGGAGAGUACCUCAGGAUGGUGAUUAUGAAUUUUUGAGGAACUGGACUGUUGAAGAACUUCAAAGGAGACUUGGGUCACUUGACCCCAUGAUGGAGCAGGAGAUUGAAGAGGUUCGCCAAAGAUAUCAGUCAAAACGGCAGCCAAUUCUUGAUGCCAUUGAAGCAAAGAAAAGACGCCAGCAGAACUUCUGAAGAAAGCGCGGCAGUAGAAUAAUUUCCAUCAUCCUUAACAAUAAACUGUGCUUCUACUACUACUGAAUAGGCGAAUUUAUGUUUUAAAUGUAUUAGCAAAGUAGAUCAAUGACUGCUAUCCCAUUGAUCUAAUUUACAGUAGCACCUUUUCAAACUCAGGAAUGCCGUGUGAAAUCCUCAUGAAUGGAUAAUGCUGUGUUUUGAUGUUAGAUGUGUUUCAAAUAGCUUGCACGUUGCUUCAGAGGAGUUCUUUUUACUGUUUAGAGCUAGUAGCUGACACCCAGACUAAUGUUGCAGGUGCCGAAAAAGUUAUGCAAUGCAACAUGCAUGUUAUGCAUGCAACAUGGGAGCAGCAAUGUUUGCUGAUCCUUCACUUCCCUCUGUGCUUCCUGAAAAUAUGUCUCCAAGGGCUGUGGGACCAUCAGGGAUAUGUUUUCAGGAGGCAUAGGGGAUUACAGAAAGAAGGGAGGACUGGUGAAAACCACCCCAUCCUUGUUGCACACACACAUUAUUCGGCAUGUGCCAUGUUCGUCUGGAUGUCACCCAGCGUGUUCUGUUCUAUGGAUCUGAGGAACAAUCAGAAAUGGACUAAUGGAUCUAACUAAUGAUUCACACACACUUCCACACAUCUAUCUUCUGUGACUUGAGCUUAUUCUACACAAGGACAUAGGAACUGCUACGUUUCUUUCUGAAGAUAAGAAAGUAGGUAAAACUAUCUCUCUUACUGGACUAAUUUUAGGUUGGUGGAGAAGGAUGCAAAUAUCUGCUUUUUCAUGCAACACUUGAAAUGUUCUGUGAAACAGGAAACCUUGACAACCUUCUAUAUCCACCUAAAUUGGCCCAAUAAAAGGCGAAUCUCUUAACUUGCCUGUAUUUCCUGUCCUUCAGAGCCACCGCAGCAACCACUGUGUACUAAAUUGUGCCCUACCACUGACUAAUGGUACUGUGGAAAGUGUUAUAAAAACGAAGUGAUUCAUUGGCAAGAAUAUGCACCCUGCUCCAGCAUCUAAAAAGGAAUACAAGCUUCCCUUUUAUCCCCAUCAAAAGGCUCUAAAAGCCCCAUGCCUUAUAUUGCCCUGCUUAAAGCAUUGUAUUUCAAACCUAGUGUUCCUUCUUUCUCGGUGUGUGUACUUUGAGUGAAUGCUGAUACCUUGAGUGAUUGCUUUUUAUUUUUAAUAUAUACUUCAAUGUGAAACCAAUCCAUCACAGAACAAACAUGCAUCUUAACUUGCGAUGUAUUUUUCAGAAUCCCUUGCAACAGAGGAAUGUCAAAGUACUUGCAACUCAGGAAACUCUUAACUCUCUUGAGAUAACAAGAGGUUUAAAAUAUUUAAGGAAUUGUAAACGUUUAUGGGCAUUGCUAUUUUGAGGCUUGCAAUAUUAGUUUAAAUGGGGGUGUACAUUUACAGUUCGUUUUGAAAAGGUUAAGGAUGUCAGCUAAGAUUAAAAUAAGGAUCUGUUGACCCAAAACCUAGUUUCAGAAUGCCCUUUUAGGAAAACCUGAUGUGUCAAAUUGAACAAAGCAAUUGCAUUCAUUCUGGGCAGCAGGAGCCCUCGCUAAACCUAAUGGAAAACAGGCAAAAGCAUGCCUGCUCUCUUGUGCUGUUGUCAUUCAGUGCACAAGAAAAGCUUGUGACAGAAUGUUCCCAUGGCCACACGCAUGGUUUAGUCCCCUGGCCCCCAUACUGUCGGAGCUGCCUUUGAAGUUCUGCAGCAGCCUCAACAUGUUCCUCCCAUCGACAGAGGCAUGUCAGCCACUAUACAGGCAUGAACCUUUCAUGCAACUGGAUGAGCAUUCACUGGAAUAUUGAUUGAAGGGUACAAAUACACUCGACUCUACAUGUUUUGCCCUUUACAGAACAGAUUAUAGGUCACCAGAUUCUUCUCCAUAUGGAGCUCUGGUACUAUCCUUUAUUGCAGAGAGAGAGAAAGACCUGAUCUAGCCUAUGAUUUCUACACUGCCAAACUGUGAGUGUGGGCUUACUGCACCAUUCCACUCUUCAACGUGACCGGAAUCAAGCUCACGUUUCAAAGAUGAGUGGAGAAUUGUUGGGUCAAUCUAGCCACUUGACUCUGAUCAUUGUGAGUGGAACAAAGCUAUCCAAUUUUAGUUUUAGGGAUGUCCUGCUGAAGACGUAUCUACUGCAAAAUGACAGUUAGUUGGCCUUUUCCUUUCUAAACACUUGACCAUCAAUAUCUUAGGCUUGCAUCUGAAUUAAGCCUUUACAAAACCCCAGAUGCCCAAUUCACAGAAGUCAACAAACCAAUAAUGCACAUUUUGAAGCAGAAAGAGAAGCAUGAUUAAAUAGUAAACCAACAUAUCUAUGUUCUUUGUAAAGCUAUGCUGGUCAGCUGCUGAGCCUGUCUGAUGUCUUACAGCAGUAACCUUCUCAAUAUAACCAGUAAAGUUUAAGACAAGGCAGCUUGUAUUGUUAACCAUAUUUUUAAAUGUUGACUUCUGUCAGUGGCUAAACUCUGUACAGAAACUAAUCUGGCAUAAAGACUAUCAAUGAUCAGCUUGCUAGUGUAACAUGCUAAAGCAAGUGUCUGUACUCUGUAGUACUACUUAAUUUCACACAGUGUUCAGAUGGGCUCCUUUUUGCAGUCUGGCCUCACGUAAUUCCUUCAAAUGCAGUUGCACCUAUACAAACAUGAUGGGGGAGAGCCUUUAAGAAUAAUCCAUAAAGCAAAUUGCUUUUGAAAUGGAUGCCUUCCUUUUGGCUCCGGUUAUGAUGCAUACGCACAAUACAACCCAAACUGAGCGGGUUGCUUUCAUCUAAAAGAAGGAUCAGCAUAUUUAGUUGAGAAUACUUGCCUUUACUUAAGCCACUUGUGCCACUGAAUAUUUUCUACCACUGAUGGUGGAGGGACUCUCAUGUUUGGGUCCUGUCUUCACGCAGUGACUCUCUUAAGCCAUUUUUGUGAAACAAAACAACCCGUAGUGUGGAAGCGAAUGACAAAGCACAAGCACUCUUGGGAACUUACUCCCCUCCCCACCACCACCACCGCAAACCUCCUGAAAAUGGGAAUGAAAUACUAUUUUGUGUACAUGGAGUCCCAGCAUGAAUAAGCAAAAGGCUGGUUCAUGCAGUCAGGAAAAGGGGAGAAGCCCUAGUUCAAAGCCCUGUGCACUCCUGAUUUGUGAUCAUUCAGGGGAGUCAAGGAAACAGUCAGAGGCCCCUUCCAUAAUUGUCUGCUGAGCAGCAGUUUGGUCAAAGGAAUUUCCUUCCUACCCCAUUCAGCAGCUGGGUACAGCUUCUAGAUAGGAGGGAGCCUUCCAGCUCAGCUGCUGCUUGGCAGACCAUUAUGGAGGGAGUCUCUGACCUUUCCCCCCUCACAGAUGAUCACAAAUAAGGACUGCAUGUGGCUCCCAAACAAAGGUUGGGGGUUUCUCCUACCCUAUUCCCAGUUGUGUGAACAAACCUACACUCAGUCAAAUUCAGGGACUUAACAGCUUAAUCAACAGACCCAAGUUCUCGGGAUUCUUCAUGCCGGAAUACAGAUACCUCAUCUGUCGUCCAGAUUGUGACACCAGAGGCUUCUCCGGCACUGAACAAAUGCUGUGCAGUACAAACCGCAUUAAGCAAAGUAUCCAUAUACUUGUGAAUAUGUUGGUUGGGUCCAUAUGCACAGCCUGAAGCACUCCAAACAAGCUGCCAUCUUUUUUUACAGCCCGAACUAAAAUGUCUGGUGUCAGUUAUGUGAGCAACUUAAUGUGAAGUUAGUAGCUUUAACAUUUUGCAAUAAGAGAAGUUACAAUGGUAUGAUGUGAUAACUUGAAAUUCUCUUGUAGAGAUCUGGCUCUCCUUGUAUAUAGUAGUUUGGGAUCCUUAGUUUGUAUAUGUAUGAAGGUAACUUUUUAUUCCAUUUCCUUUUUGAGUUUGAUACAGGGAGGGUUUUGUUGUCUUUGAAUUUUUAAAAGAUCCUGCCUUAUUUGUUUAAUAGGACAAAACAAUCUGUUCUAAUAAAAUGUUUUGUUUUAUGGUAUAAACAC